AUGUACGGCGCGCAGUCGGGGCAGCACUCACUUCGCGGGCUUGGACAGAAAGCGAACCAGAUCCUCUUGACGCAUGGAAUGGGGGAGACGGGCGGUGAAGAACGGGCUGCGGGCUGUCACAGCCUAGGCAGUGUGGUGGAGCGUGAAGAGUCGGUCUGCCAGCUUGACGGUGUCUGCGGGCAAUGGCCGUUGGGCGCUGAGCAAACUGUCUGCUACGAGUCGCGUCUACACUUUCGCGGCCGUGGCGAGUUGGAGCAGGGUCGCGUACGGGAGAAGGCAAGAGCGAGCUUUGUAGCGGUCAAGGGCAGGCAGAGUCUGCUUACACGGCAGGUGCGGCCCAAGUUGCCCAACGUCACCGCGCCCGCUGUGGCUGGGCUGGCUCGUGGGAAGCGAGGCGAGCUCCUGUCAUCUCAACCCUGUCCAGCCCAACCCGUCUUGGCAAGCAUCCUGCGUUUGGCUGCGGUAUGGUCGGACAGUUAUCAUGUGCUCUAA